GAGUUAAGUGCGCCAGGUUAGUUGGAGGUGAGGAAGUCUAUGCUUCCUCAUCAAUGGAAGGCAGGAUCGAUAGAAAGGAAGAUCCCCAAGGUAUUUCCCAGGGGUUGAGUUGUUUACAUGCAGCGUCAUAUUGACCCAUUUCUCUGUUUCGUUUAUCAACCCCUCACCCUCAGACGACAUCCACACAUUUAAACCUAUUCAAACAAACAACCCCAUCAACCCCCAAAAGGUCAUUCAUUUAGAGCAAAUGCAUGCAUGUAAGUGCGGGCGAUAGCUGUGCUGUGCGUCCAUUCCCUGCGCUGUCUUUCAUUCUUGCCGCCGACGUGCAGCUCAGUCUGGAUGCUUGGGCAGGGGUCGAAACAUGCUGGCGCUGAGACUUGUCUAAAUGAUAGAGGCAAUCUGCCUUCUCGUUGGAUCGUCACAUUAUACUGCUAUUUGCUAGCUCUCGACGCAUUUCCCCUCGCCCUUUGCUCUCAACCAAGCAAUUCUAUCGUCAACUCACUCUCUGCAGACGCACAUGCUGGGUGCGUCAGGUCACCAAUAAGUGGUACCCGACUUCAAGGCUAGCCAACGGGGAGCGUGGAAAACCUGGGUUACUGUUGUCUCAUCUGAGGCUCUCAGAUCAUAACAAACAAACAUGAGUUUGAUCGCGUCUUCAGUGUUGUUUCCAGAAUGUCAUCCAGCAAACGCUCAUAUUCGAGAAACUUGAACUCUUUCAUAACAAAAAAUAUAUUUUUGAUUGCUCCAUGUGUGACAGAUUCUCGGCCAUUAUUCACAUUUGCCUUUCUGCAGCCGCUCCCAAGCCCAAGAGACUGGCCACACGCCGCAUCUUUCUGCGAGGUCCCGAGCGAGUCUAAGUCAACAUCUACGGCCGGCCGCCGAGAGUUGACCGCUCCAGAACCAGAUCAGAGGAACAAAGACCGGCGAAUGGUACUUGAAUGCAAAAACUGCCAAUCCUGGACUCAUCAUCACGUCUGCAACGAUAACGGGGAAGCAAAGCUCACAUCAAACAAAUAAACACAAAUCUAGGUCAACCAUACCGAGAUCUUCCUGGAUACUGUACGGUACUGUACGCUUGCAACGCAACAAGGCACGCAGGGUCUCAGCCGGUUGUCCUUUUGUCUCCAUUCCAUCACAUGGUCUCGAUCACCUUGAGGAUCAUCAACCUCUUCAUCAGACCUAUCACGGUUGCUCUACCAUCCAGGAUUAUCGCUCAAGCUGGCACAACGUGCCCUCAUCACCCACUGACCGCUGCUUGAGCUCUUCCUUGUCACGGACGCUGCCGGGGUUGACUUGACAAGGGCUUUGCGCUAGCACGCACCCUGUUGGGGGCUUACUGCCGUCCUCACCAGCACCGUCAAGGGACUCACCACUGGAUCGCCAGAUACCGUAGAGGUCAAGACACGAUUGCAAAGUGCAGCGCAGCGCAUCAUAUAAUAUAACAUCAAUAUCGCGUCCUGUCGUGGAACGAGUCCUGUCCUCUGCUUUGUCCUCGGUUGGA